CCUCCAUUUCCCACCCAUUUCCCUCCCUUCCUCCGAUCACCACGCUCUCCAUUCCCUCUGCUCCUUCUCAACUCCAAGCACUUCCUCGAGCCCUGAGCCAAGAUGAACAGCAAGGCCGAGGCAGACGCCGGCGGCGACAACGGCAACCCAUCCACCGCGGUGAUGGUGGUGGAGCGCGUGGUGACGGUGGAGUACCUGGAGCAGUCAAUGUCGCGGGGCCUCCUCGGCAAGUUCCCCGACUCCUCCGCCUACGACUUCGACUACUGCCAGAGCGGCAUCUGGUCCCCGAUCAACAAGAUCCCGAGCGAGUCGCCGGCCUCCGGCGGAGCCGGUUCCAGGGACUUCCUCAUCGCCAAGCUGAGGCGCCGGGCGAGGGCCGGGAGCAGGCUCAAGGACGCUGCCGCCGGAGGCGGCGGCAGGUCGAGGUGGCGGCGCCGGCGGCUGCGGCGGGACGGCUCGUUCCUCGACCUCCACGAGACGGGCAGGGCGAAGAAGCUGGAUUUGUCGCCGCCGCUGCCAUCGCCCGCCCCCACCAAGGAGGGGUGGAGGAGGGUGCUCACAGCGGCCAUCAGGAAGUUCAAGGCGCGGCACCGCCGGUCCCGGCCGGCUCCCCUGCUCCAGACGAUGCUUCCAAUGCUCUGAAUCCACCCAUCGAUUGAUCGAUCGCGCCCGCAACUUCCUUGUUCUUAUGUUUGAUUAUUGAUGAGUUCGAGCGUGUUUGUAAGUUGCCUGUCAUGUGUAGUAGUAAACUAUCGCCAGUUUCUCUA